AUGUCUUCAGAAUAUGAGUCUUCUCCUCCACGGCUCACUGUGGCCAAGCUUGAGGAACUUCAGAGUCAGUGUAUCCACAGGGCCCGCAAGCUACUAUCAAGUGAGAAAGGCCUUACCUCCAACACCUUACCUUGGGGGCAAGUUGUACUUUCCGUCGCGUCAUCACAAUCGCAAGCACCUAAUCUGUUGAUGGGAAGCCAGGAGACCUACUGCUCAACAAAUCUAACAAGUCUUCCCCCAGAGGAAUGGCUGCAACUGCUGCUGGGUCAGGCAGGCUCUAUGGAAGCAGACUUCGAUAAAGAUUCUGAGCCGCGUACUGAAAGUUCAAGCUUAUCGUUUCCUGAUCGCCCAACCUGGUUAGCAUCCUAUCUGAUGCUGGGAUGCGGCGCUCAUCUUGGUGUUGAGACCUUUGGGGAGGCUGGGAAAGACAUUUGGGCCAGGCAACCUGCCAAUGAAGACAAGUCUCAGCCAUUGCACGGGAGAACGAGUCAGCGCUCAGGCAAGCCUAGCUUUCUCCGAGAUUUUUGA